CAGUGUCGAUUAACGGGAAGAAUGUCACACUGAAAUUGGACAGUGGAGCAGCGUGCAACGUGCUACCGUGGCAUAUUUUUUGCAACCUGGGGAAAGAGUUGCAACAGUCCGACACAAAGAGGCUGAUUUCGUACACAAACCAUAAAGUGAGUGUGAAAGGUGAAGCAAAACUUCCAGUAGUAGUGAGGGGCAGUGUAACGGGGUAUGGUUUCAUCGAGUCGCUAACGGUCAAGUUGAACUACACGGUUUCAGUGACGGGUAUCAGGAAUGACAGUUGAAAGAUGAAUGUAUUGGUAUUCGUACGGGAAUCGUGUGUGCGUGGGUUUACUGGCGUACGGCAAAGGUGCUGCCGAACACGAGCGUCAUUCGUCGUACAGCAGCGGAGCAGAACAGACGGCUGACCUUCAGGGUGAAGCGUGUGACGGUUAAACAAGUACUAAUUAUUCGGCUGGUACAAUGGCGGCGACGGUAAAAAUAGAUGCGUCAGCGAUGCCACCUUUCAAGAUAGGUGCAGACCCCAGAAACGACUGGAUUAAGUGGAAGAGAGCUCUGGAACGGUUUUUAAAUGCAAACAAAGUGGAACAGGACGAAGAGAAGUUCAACCUUUUGCUAGUUCUAGGAGGCAUUGAUCUUCAGACAUAUUACGACAAGGUUGCAAAGUGGGAGGUCCAGAAAACAAUCGAUGAAAAUGAAGAAGUUUUGGAGGAAGUGAUUGUUUUGAAAUACGAAUCAGCGAUUCUCUCCCUCGAUGAAUACUUUGCUCCACAGUUGAAGAAAAGAUUCGAACGACAUAUUCUGAGAUCUAUGCGGCAAAACAAUCAAGAACCCUUUGAAGAGUUUGUGUAUCGAUUGCGAGAACAAGCUAACCGUUGCAUUUUCUCCGACGUGGACGAUAUGAUAGUCGAUCAAGUCAUCGAGGGUUGCAGCUCGACUGAACUCCGGAAAAGGCUUUUGACGACCGAAAUGUCAUUGGCUGAAGUAAUAUCACUGGGAAAGACUUUGGAAGAAGUACAAAAACAAACGAGAGAGUAUGAGAGACCCUCCACGUCUUACGGGGAAAGUGAUCUAACCCAGAAAGUCGUUGGCAAAGUAUCAUUCAGUACAAGGUCGGCUGAUAAUAACAGGAAGUGCUACAAUUGCAACAGACCGGGUCAUUUGGCAAGAGAUAUCGAGAAGUGCCCAGCAAAGAAUGUGGAAUGUUACGGUUGCCACACAAAAGGCCAUUUUAAAGUAUGUUGCCGGAAACGAAAACACGACGAACAUGCCAACAGACGACAGGUAGGAGCCAAACGAAUUCACGCGAUCGUUGAGAACAGUAACGAAACGGACAAGGGAGUGUUUUUCGUGAAGUCGGAGGAGAUGACUGAAGUACUCGAGAUGGAUGUCGGUGGAGUUCCCAUAAAGAUGAUCAUCGAUUCGGGUUCUCCAGCCAAUAUCAUCGAUGCAAAGACCUACAAACGUCUGAAGGAUCAGGGAGCGCGAAUUAUGAACGAACGGGAGCCUCAAACCGGCGAAAAGACAUUCAAAGCUUUUGCGUCCGAUCGUGAUAUCGUCUUCAACGCCGUAUUCGAAACGGAGAUCAAAAUUCCGGGUGACGAGACAGGUAUUUGGGCUCAUGUUAUGGUUGCUCCACAUGGCCAAGUCAGCUUGUUGAGCAAAGGAACUGCUUUCGCUUUGGGAAUUUUGAAAAUCGGCUAUCAUGUUAACAGUAUUUCUGCUACGGAUCGUUCAAAUGUGGGGGUUCAGGGUCAUGAAGAAUUCCCGAAGAUACCGGAAGUCAAGCUACCCAUCCAAGUUGACCAUUCAGUUCCACCAGUUGUGCAAGCAGUUCGACGUUUUCCCAUCUCAAUGGAGGCGGAUGUGGAGAAAACAAUUCAAGAUUUGCUGGAAAAAAAUAUCAUCGAACGAGCGGAAGGACCGAUAACUUGGGUUUCGCCACUGGUUCCCGUUAGAAAAUCGGAUGGUAGAAUCAGACUGUGCGUAGACAUGCGGGCUGCCAACAAAGCGGUGAAACGUGAAAACUAUCCGAUGCCUAAUAUUGACGAUGCAAUGUCUGGAAUUAAAAAGGUAUGCUAA